GUGGAAUGUAGUUUAACACACUCACGUGGGCACUAUGUCUUCUAGUGAUUACUCAAAGUGCUCAAGUGUGGUUCGGUCCAAAUCAACAGUAUCUGUGUCACUGUGUCAACGACCAAUGUAACCCUGACGGUUCGUGUAAAAGUGGAUCAAAAUGCUCUCUAGGCUGGUUUGGUAAAACAUGUCAGUAUGUGGAUCUACUCGGCCAUUUUAACAACACUCACAUAUUAACCGACAACGAUGAAAAUACGUGUUUGGGCAUAACAACAGAACAUGUGAACUUACCACUAGGAGCCGAGUACCCUACAGUUCAAGUACGGUUUGUGUAUAAGAAAGGUAUGAAGGAUAUUACUACACCUGACACAACUUUUGUAUGUGGCUCUAGAAAGUACGUCGUGGACAACGAGGUGGUUGAUUAUUUCUGUGAUAUUUACACGGUUGUUAGCAAUAUCAAAUUGAGUGGCAAAACUUUAAACAAUUUGUGCUCUGUUUAUUUCAGCGGAGGCCGCAACGUUGCAUUGAAACAACAAGUAAAACAGUCUAGCCAUUAUUAUAAUAUUUAUCCAGCAAGCUUGGCCGUAGACGGUACUUCAGACAAUUGUGAACGUGUGUUUUCACACACCAGUGACGCAGACGCAAAUCCUUCAUUUGAACUUUUGUUUGGCACAGCGAUGACAGUAUCUAAGGUUAGGAUCUUCAACCGUGGAGGAGGAGCUAGCGCUUUUAGCUUGGGAACAGAGAAGCGUUUAAAAGGCUUUGAAAUGGAAGUUUUUGAUUCAGGAUCCAACGUUCUCUUUCGAUACAAAGACACAAAAGAUGUGCAGAUGGUUUAUGAUUUGGACGUAAAAUUACUGAGAGGAGCUACCAAAAUUAAUAUCAAGCAGAAAGAAAAACCACCAGGUGAAACACAGCCGAAAAUUUCUAUUUGUGAGUUAGAAGUGUAUGGAGACUGCGAUAAUGGCUUUUGGGAUUUAGACUGUAAAAGAUGUAGUGGCCUUUGCUCUAGAGCCUGUCAUAAGGAGACUGGACAAUGUCAAGGUAGGCCUAUUGAUAAAGCAUAG